CAGCCUGCCCACUGGACGGAGCAUUCGACUAACGGUGAUAGCCUGCAGGGGCAGCUUGGCUGGCGGUUUGUGUAGUCGGUGGUAGGAUGCAAGUCAGUGGGCUAGGAGGGGCACUUGUCGACUACUGGUCACUCCUUUGUGGUCUAUGCUGAGCAGUGCUACACCACAAGAGAUCCAUCGUCUAGAGAACAAGGAAGGACACAACGAGAAUCCUAGACGCCGGAGCAGGAGUUCUGCAAACGUCGUUUCACUCCCAUGACGUCGGCCGUCAAACACCAACGACGUACAACCAACACCUCGUUGGGAGGUGUCAUCGGAUGCUGUGACAAGUAUUCCACGACGCUCCCUCGCUCCCUUUCUAUUUCUCUUCUAUUUUACUUUUCGAUACUGGUCUCCUAGAGAGACUCUCAUAAUCUUAAACCUCUUCAUCACCAUCGGCAAUCACCAACAUGCCGUCGCCCGUCAAUGACCACCAUGGCGUCGACGUCUCCCACAAUCUCUCGAUCGUCAACGAGAAUCGUCAAAUACUGCCCGGGCCUCAAUCAUUGCACGAGCUAAUAGCGACACCCUCCGAGAACGUCGUUCUGGAUUUCCUGCUGGGGGAUGGUGGACGCGUUAUUCUGACAUACCGCGAAUUCCAUCGCCUGGCGGACCUCCUGUCGCGGGACAUCCAGCAGUAUGUGUCGUUCAGGGAGGGUGGAAGCUGCAUCAUUCCCAUCAUCAUCCCUCAGUCUCCAGAGUUUUACGUGGCAUUGGUGGCGGUAUUGAAGUCUGGCGCUGCCUUCUGCCCCAUCAGUCAAGACGUGCCCCCAGAAAGACUGAAAUUCAUCCUCCAAGAUACUCAGGCCACCUUUGUGCUGGCAACCACCAACACCAGGGCUGCCUUUGGGGAUGCACUGUCAGACGUCCAAUGCAAGACGGUAUCCCUGGGAACCCUCCAAAAAAGGUCCAAUUCGGCACAGCCGCAUGACACCGACCACCAACACCGUCCGGGCAUCCACCCCUCCAGCCCGGCGUAUAUCAUGUACACCUCAGGUUCUACAGGACUUCCAAAGGGCGUCGUAGUAUCGCACUUCUCAGUGUCACAGUCAUUACUUGCGCACGACGAGCAUAUUCCUCGCUUCAAACGAUUUUUACAAUUUGCUUCACCAACAUUCGAUGUCUCCAUAUUUGAGAUAUUCUUUCCAUUUUUCCGGGGAGCGACACUAGCUGGCUGUGACCGUGAGCAGAUGCUUAUUGAUUUACCCGCUACUAUCCGAAUGCUUGACGCAGACGCUGCGGAGCUCACCCCGACGGUGGCAGGAACAUUACUCAGGACGAGGAAGGCAGCCCCUUGCUUGAAGACGUUGCUGACAAUUGGAGAAAUGCUCACAGCUUCGGUCGUUUCCGAAUUCGGAGGAAGCGCAGACCAGUCGAGCAUGCUGUAUGCUAUGUAUGGUCCCACGGAGGCGGCCAUUCAUUGUACUGUCGCGCCACAGCUAGCUGCAGAUGCUUCUGUACGCAGCAUAGGGAGGCCACUGGCAACAGUGACUGCAUUUGUCCUGAAGGAACGCGAACCGCUAGAGAUCGCACCAAUUGGCGAGUCUGGCGAACUGGCGGUUGCGGGCCAACUUGCUGACGGCUACUUGAAUCGGCCAGAACAAAAUCAAGCUGCUUUCGUUGAACUUGCCGGCUAUGGGCCAAUCUAUAAAACCGGCGAUCGAGCAAUUUGUCGUCCAGACGGGGAGCUAGAAAUCCUGGGACGCAUGACAUCCGGCCAGGUCAAGCUCAGGGGCCAAAGAGUUGAACUAGGAGAAAUUGAAGAAAUUGCUUCGAAAACUGAUGGUGUUCACCUUGCCAUUGCAAGCAUCAUCGACGAUGUUCUGGUCCUUUUCUGUGCUGCGAAACAUGAUGUUACGGUUCCUGACGUCUCCGCUCAGUGCAAAUCAUGGCUACCACCAUACAUGCGUCCCGGCGAGAUCGUGCUCCUGUACAACGACGUACCUCGACUACCUUCAGGAAAAAUUGACAGGAAAGCGCUUGAACGCAACUAUCGAGAAUGUCGAGUGCCAAUCAACCAGGGGACCUCCUUUGCGACCCCGUUAGAGGAGGAUGUAGCCCGAGUAUUGAACGCUGAGCUGAGGUGCCGAGUCGACAGAUUGACUUCUUUCUGGUCGCUGGGCGUCGAUUCCCUCCGUGCCAUUAAGAUCGCGUCUCGACUGCGCCGACAGUACAGUUGUGUCAACGCCACGAUGAUCUCAGAAGCUGAUAAUGUGGCCACACUUUCAAGCCUUAUUGCCAAGUCAGAAGACGCGAAAAAUGGAAGAACUGAGCCAGAAUAUGAGACAUCGGACGAAUGGCAAGCGAUCAGAGCAAAAAUGCUGCAAGAUCUCAGCGUCUCAAGCCUCAAAACGCCAUACGAAAAGAUCCUGCCUUGCAGUAGUAUGCAGGUGGCGAUGUUGAUCGAAACAGCCACGAAGGCGGACCGGAAUUUCAACCAAAUCUGGCUCAAACUUGGACCAGAUUUGACACUGAGCGACUUGCGUCGGGCAUUUGAAAAGCUUUCCAUGAAGAAUGAGAUAUUGCGAUCCGGUUUCAUCGAGACUGGGAUACAGGAGAUGCCCUUCGCUCAGAUUGUGUGGCGGGACCUCCCAUAUGAUCCCGAGUUAAGUCUUCUGCAUCCCCUGCAGCUGGCAAGCUCAGAAACGACUGAUGAGAGAGAUGUCCUGGUUUGGAUCCAUCACGCUUUAUACGAUGGAUGGUCCUGGGACUUGAUCCUAGACGAUUUGAAUGCCAUCUUGUCCGAAGAGGAUGCUCCUCGCAGGACACAAUUCUCCGACUUUCGGUCGCACGAGCACAGUCGCUUGAGGUCGGAGAAGGUGGGAAAUUUUGAAUAUUGGCGUACUCAACUUCAAGAGUUCAAGCCCUCUCCUUUUCCGAUAAUAACACCAGUCCGAUCGAAGAGCCCACGCAAAACCACGACGGAGUUUCCACUUUCCACGACAUAUGAACAACUCUCACAUUUUGCGUCUGUCUCACGCUGCAGCCGGGAGACGGUUCUGGAGGCAGCGUGGUCGCUUUUGCUCUCAUCGUAUCUCGACAAUGCAGACGUCGCUGUUGGAGUAGUUGUGGCUGGUCGUCAUUUCUCACUUGCAGGGAUUGAGUCGGUCAUUGGGCCUUGCCUAUCAUUAUUCCCUCUUCGUGUCGAUACCAGUGCUUUGAGAACAGUACAUGAUGUCCUCAACCAUGUCCAGAGACAACGCACCCAGACCCUUCGACACGGGAGUAUUGCCCUGCGGGACAUCAACAAUGCGGCAGGUCUCCGCCCUGGAGAUAAGCUGUUUGAUACGCUGUGCGUUUGGCAACAAGACAGUGAAGAGAAUCGCAGAGAUCGCACCAAAGUCGCAACGCUGAGGACGCAUGAUGCCUUGGAAUAUGCGAUAGUGCUAGAAUUUGAGCCCCGUCAGGGUCAAGUCCACCUCAAGUUGACUUUUGAUACAGCGCUUGUUCCAGAAGACCAUGCGAUGCUUUUGACGCGUCAGCUUGACACUGCUGCUUCUCGAAUUAUGAGCAACCUUGACCUUAGUCUGAACUGCUUUUGGGAAAGUUUUGACAAGAAUACUUUGUCUUUGGCCAACACCAGCUUCCAGAACUUCAGCGGAGACUUCGAUCUAACAACAACCAUCUCAGAACUUGCCGAAUCGUGCCCAGAAAGAGCAGCCGUUGAGUUCGUGCAUAGCAUCAAUGAGCGCACGAGCCAGGUGGAAAAGGAAACCCUCACUUAUAGCGACCUUUACAAACGCGCCCGAAUCGUUGGCUCUGUGUUGCGAACUGAGUACAAUGUGCAGAUUGACGAUCUUGUCUGCAUAAUCGGCUCUCGAUCGACCCUUCUCUACAUUGGCAUCCUUGGGACCAUUAUGGCUGGAGGCGCAUACAUAUGUAUCGACCCUCGAACGCCAGCAGCUCGAGUCCGCCAAAUCUUGGCCGAAGCUCGGUGCAGGCUUACUCUUUCAACAGAGCAUGUGCGGGAAACAGAGGAGACUGAUGGACCAACUUCAAUCUCCAUAGCUAGUUUAUUGGAGCAUCAUUCCGCGAGGAGUAUCUGCAACAACCCAUCACUGAAGGGUGAUCAAUUAGCAUACGCAGUGUUCACCUCUGGCAGCACUGGAGUUCCCAAAGGCGUCCUCCUCAGCCGUCGGAACCUGCUAAGUAAUCUGGAGGAGCUGUCACGUAUUUACCCGUGUGACCCUGAGACAGAUCGACUACUGCAAGCCUGCUCCCCAGCAUUUGACGUCUCAGUCUUUGAGAUCUUUUGGGCUUGGCACAAGGGGAUGACUUUGUGCACAGCGUCAAAUGAUGUCCUGUUCAGAGACCUUGAACUCUUCAUCAACCAGCUGGAUAUAACACAUUUGAGUAUGACCCCUUCGGUGGCAUCGCUUGUUCGACCUGACAAUAUCCCGCACGUGAAAAUGCUGGUUACCGCAGGAGAGCCCAUGAACUCGAAAGUGUUCUCAGAUUGGGCCGAACACGGACUGUACCAAGGUUACGGACCUAGUGAGACGACAAACAUAUGUAACGUUCGACCCCAGGUCUCAAAGUCUGACAUACUAAACAAUGUUGGCCCUCCGCUACCGAAUACGUCCGUCUUCAUUUGCCAAAGGCAAGAGUCCGUUGAUCAAUCUUUCUUGCAAUUUCGACCACUAUUAAAAGGCGGAGCAGGCGAGAUAUGGAUUGGUGGAGAACAAGUGGGACGCGGAUAUCUUGACCAGGUGUUGACCUCGAAGCGCUUCUUCGAUCAUCCCGAAUAUGGUCGGCUUUACCGCUCAGGCGACAUCGGAAGGCUUCUUUGUGACGACUCUUUGGUCAUAUUAGGCCGAGAAGACGAUCAGGUCAAGAUCCGGGGCCAGAGGAUUGAACUAGGAGAGGUGAAUUCUGCCCUGAUCAAGUGUAAUGAAGUUGAAGAUGCGGUAUCCCUGGUCAUCGACAAAGGUGAUGAUACAAGCAGACUUGUUGCUUUUUGGACUCCGCGUCAAUCCCACAGGUCAACGAUCCCUGACGGAAUGAACAUCAGCAUCUUCGAGACAUUGGCAAAUGGCUUGCCGGAUUACAUGAUACCUGAGAGCCUUAUCCAACUUGACAAGAUACCACUGACACGCCAGGGUAAGGUCAACCGAGCCGAUUUGAUCAACUACUAUCGCAAUCUCGAUGUAGAACAGCUUCAGGCCAUGUCCAGAGGCAGCAAGCUGUCGGAAAGUGUUGAUCGCCUUUCCGAUUCCGAAUGCAUUAUUGCUCGUGUCGUUGCUGAUGCACUAGGCGUCAGUCCUGCGAAGAUCAACCGUUCCACCUCAUUCUAUUCCCUUGGUUUAGAUUCCAUCAGCGCGAUACGCGUCUCUCGAGCCCUCAGAGACCAUUAUCCCGUCGUGGAGAUAUCCUCAUUGAUGAAAAAUCCAUCCGUCGGACAACUAAUGAGGCACAUUGAGAGACACGUUUCAGAGCAAAAGACGUUCUACGAUAAGGACGAUCUGGGUCGCCUCUUCAAAAAGUGGGAAGGCCAAGUCCGCGGCCUUUAUUCUCGGGCGGGCCUGGAAGUAGACAGGAUCCUUCCAUGUACGCCUUUACAAGAAUCUAUGGUGACCAGCUCGAUGGAUGCUUCUUCUCGAGUUUAUCGAAACACUUUACGGUUCAAAGUCUGCGGCAAUAUGUCGACGCUACGGCAAGCAUGGGAACUCGCAGUGGCAAGACAUCAGAUUCUUCGCACAGGCUUUGCCGUGACUGACUCCUCUGACUCUCCCUUCGUGCAGGUGGUAUUGAAGAACUUCCAACUUCCCUGGCUGGAAGAAGGCACGAAACACCUGAGUUAUGCUUUGGAUGGUCUCAUGAUCCCACCGUGGAGCCUUGAAGUCAGAGAGAGUACAGAGCUGAUUCUGAAAAUGCAUCACGGUCUUUAUGAUGCAGAGGCAAUGGCCGUGCUGUUAAGCGAGAUUCAAUCCCUUUAUCACGGUCGCCAACUACCUCCUACAACGCCCUUCGAUAGCUAUCUGUCAUUCAUGGAAGCCUCGAAUACUGGUGGCACAUAUAAUUUCUGGCGCACAAAGCUACAGGGUGCUUCUUUAUACAAGCUAAGUGAAGCCAUAUUGCCGGAGGAUAAGGCUGCCCCUGACACUCAUUUGUUGGUCGAACGGAGGGCAACAAUCGGUGUCUCAGAACUUCAACGACGUGCGCGAAAGAUACUUUCGACCCCCUUGGCCCUGUUUCAAGCUCCGUGGUGUCGGCUUCUCUCUUGUGUCUUCGAAAGUCAGGAUAUCUGCUUUGGCAACGUCCUUAGCGGUCGCAACCUUCCUAUCGAUGGCGUGGAGAGCAUGGUCGCUCCAUGCUUCAAUACAAUUCCAGCGAGGAUACAGUUGCAGCCAGAUGAAUCGAACCAGGAGUUGUGUCACUGCAUUCAACAGAUGAAUGUCGAGACUCUACCAUAUCAAUCGAGCUCACUUCGUCAAAUCCAGCGAGCAGUUGACACCCAAGGUAGAGCAUUAUUUGAUACAUUGAUUUUGCUCCAACAAGACGAACUGCGGCUCGAUAAUCAGGUCUGGACUCUGGUUGAAGACUCAGGGGAUAUGUCUUUCCCCUUCAUACUUGAGAUUACGAUGAAUUCGAAUGCCGACACAUUCACCCUCAAGCUGCACUCUGAGGUUGCUGAACGGAAGACACUGGGUAAGUUUCUGGAUGUCUACGACGCCCUUCUCUCGCACACCGCCAAAUAUCCGCAAGCAAGAGCUUUGGACUAUUCCUUCAUCGCCAGGAUGCUGCCAAGGGUGCAACCUUCCAAACCAUUGAUUGUUCUUGCAAGCUCAGCUGCUGCGACCCCAAUCGACGGGCAGGUUUCCGUCGAUGAAGAUUUGUCUCGCACGGAGACAUUAGUUAAGGAUAUACUUGUGAAAUUGCAACCCGAUGCUCUUCCAAAGAUCUUCAGGGACACGACAGUCUUUAGUCUGGGGUUCGACAGCAUCAAUGCCGUGCAAAUUGCGGCAAAGCUGCGAAAAAGAGGGUUCGAUAUAUCGACUGGGGCCAUUUUGGAAGCUGCAAGUGUCAGAAAUAUCGCCAGUAUCUGCGACUCUGGGGUUGGAAAAGGCCAAAUACAUCGGCUCUUCGAUCUUGGUUCCUAUGAAGAGAGUUGUCGGCGAUCGAUUUGUCAAAAUAAUAGCCUUGACGAAUCCAGAGUCCAAUCUGUAUGGCCCUGCACACCUAUACAAUCAGGAAUUCUCUCGCAGUUCCUUCGAUCGAACUACAGGCUCUAUUUCAAUCAUAUGCACUUCAAGCUGGACAACGAUGUGGAUUUAUCAAGGUUACGACGUGCUUGGUCUCUUGCUUUGCAAUCGCACGCAAUGCUAAGGACUGGCUUCGCUGAGACAGACGACCCCAAAACUCCAUUCGUCAUGAUUAUAUAUCGUCCAGAUGCAGUACAGCUGCCGUGGGCUGACGAUUCAACGCAAAUACGACAAGGGAAAGGCGAAGAGAGCUCUACAAACAUGCGGAGUCUCACUCAACCACCAUGGCAUAUUCGGGUGUCCAAAACAGGCUCCUCUUCAACCCUUGAACUCUCCAUGGUGCAUGCUCUUUAUGAUGCACAAUCUCUAGACAUCAUAUUGGGCGAUGUUGCUCGUUCGUAUGCAGGCUUGCAGCUGCCAUCGAUUGUCCCUCUUGCUCCGGUCGUUUCAAAAAUCUUGGGCUUGAGCAGAGACGAAAGUUCGAGGGCAUUCUGGGAGAAGGUAUCUGCUGAUAUGUGCUUAACUCGCUUUCCGGACUUGAAAGUCUACAAUCAAGAGACUGACAACUAUCGUGUCGCGACUCGGCAGUGCAGCAUGUCUCUGAAAUCACUCGAGAAUGCAUGCGCAACUAGAGGAGCAACAAUGCAAGCCCUGGCCGCUGCAGCUUGGGCUGUUUUACUUGCAGCGUAUACUGCCCAGGACCAUAUCACAUUCGGGGUCAUACUUUCUGGACGGGAUUUUGACGAAGAAGAAAACAGGGUUGCAUUUCCUUGCAUCAACACUGUGCCGUUUGCGAUGAGACUUUCUCAUGACAGGACCGACCUUUUACAAUCAGCUGUUAGACGAUGCGCGGGGGUAUUGAAACAUCAGCAUAGUCCACUAAGCUCGAUCAAACGAUGGGUGCAGGCUGAAAGUGAUCUGUUCGACACCGUGAUCGUUCUGCAAAAAUACGAAGCCGAAAAGGGCCCAGACAGACCGUGGGCGCUCAUCAAAGAUAAUGCCAAUGCAGAGUACACAAUAUCCUUGGAGCUCAUUCCUCGAGAGAACGAUGCGCUGGAUCUUCAGGUAACCUUCCGCGAAGCGGUUAUACCACCAGAUCAAGCUGUGUAUGUACUUCAAGAGUUUGAAGAACUGAUGAAGAGCCUGCUCACACAAGCAACAUAUGCUUCGAGGCUUCCACAGCCUGUUGUGUCGGUUGUGCCUGCGAAAGAAGAACGGAUCCCAUCUACCGUCCGCUACCUGCAUGAAUUUGUGGAGCUGACAGCGAAGGAGAAACCAGAAAACACUGCUCUCGAGUUUGUCCAAGGCUUGCAGGGAAUGACUCCAAUAAAGCAAGUUUGGAGUUACGCCCAGUUGGAUUCAAAUGGAAACAAAAUCGCUCGACUGAUCCAGAGCAAAGGGUUGCAAGUUGGGGAUCUCGUCGCUGUUUGCUUCGAUAAAUGCCCCGAAGCUUCUUUUGCAAUAUUGGGAGUACUCAAAUCAGGAUGCGGUUACAUUGCCAUUGAUCCGGGUGCACCAACUUCGAGGAAGGAAUUUAUCCUUCGCGAUUCUGGCUGUGAGAUUGUGCUGACGACCGACGACAAGACGUCCGAGUUCAACACUAUUCCAGGUGUGUCUGCUUUGGCCAUUGACAAUGAUAGCUGGCAGGAGUUGUCUGGCGAAAAACCUCUCCUCUCGAAAGAGCUGCAUACCCAAGCCGUCUGCUACUGUCUGUACACCUCAGGAACUACAGGAACCCCGAAAGGCUGCUUGAUCAGCCAUGACAGCGCAGUCCAAGCAAUGUUGUCGUUCCAGCGGAUUUUCUGUGGUAGAUGGAAGGAAUCAUCUCGGUGGUUGCAGUUCGCAUCCUUCCACUUCGAUGUCAGUGUGCUGGAACAAUACUGGAGUUGGAGUGUCGGCAUCAUCGUGACCUCUGCCACCCGAGAUCUUUUGUUCGAGGAUCUUCCGGGAACUAUCAACGCUCUCGAGAUAACGCACCUCGACCUCACCCCCAGUUUGGCAAGGUUGCUCACACCCGAAGAUGUACCAAGUCUAUGCGGAGGAGUCUUUAUCGUCGGCGGCGAGCAAGUCAGCCAGGAUAUCUUGGAAACUUGGGGCGAUGCAGGUUGUCUCUACAAUUUCUAUGGGCCGAGUGAAGUGACGAUCGGCUGCACAGUGCAUCGGCAAGUCCCCAAGCAUGCGAAACCCACCAAUAUUGGUCAACAAUGGGACAAUGUGGGCUCUUUUGUUUUGGAGCCUUCGUCACAAACUCCUGUUCUUCGGGGCGCCGUCGGCGAGCUUUGUUUGUCUGGACCUCUAGUAGGAAAGGGGUAUCUCAACCGGCCCGACCUUACAAAAGAGAAAUUCGUGGUGUUGACGGAAUAUGGUACGAGGGUCUACCGCACCGGUGAUCUUGUCCGCCUCCUGCAUGACGACAGCUUCGAAUUUCUGGGCAGAAUCGAUGACCAGGUCAAGUUACGUGGGCAGCGCCUGGAGAUUGGCGAGAUCAAUCAUAUUGCUAUGAGUGCGGACAGCAAAAUCAGGGAUGUUGCUACCAUGGUCUUGAAGCACCCGACACAACAGAAAGACCAGCUAGUAACUUUCUUCUCGACAGCCCACAGACGGGCGAAGAACGAGAAACCUUCGCUCGUAGCGACCGGGGAGUCGCAGGACCUUGCUACCAAGAUUCGGAUGGGCUGCUCUGACAAAUUGCCAGCGUACAUGGUGCCCUCAUACAUCCUUGCAGUCUCUUCUCUGCCCUUGUCAGUCAACAACAAGGUUGAUCAUAAAUCGCUGAAAGCCAUGUACGAGGAAAAUCUGCCAGGGGCAGCGCAAGACGAACCCAGCGGAAGUUAUGCAUCAUCCCCGGAAGCCCUUCAGUAUUACGAUCAGGUUGCUAGUGUGCUGGCAUCUUUCUUGCGAAUCCAGAUAUCGGACAUCAAGCCAACCUCGAGAUUGUUUGAACUCGGGCUGGAUUCCAUCUCAGCCAUUGGGCUUGCAAGGGCUCUCAAGCGGAAAGGAUUUCAGAACGCCGAAGUUGGAAUGAUCCUCAAGCACUCUGUCGUCCAAGAUCUAGCUCGAGCGAUCAUUCGGGAGGCCGACUCACACCAGAUCCAAGCCGUGGAAAUCGCUCGCAAGAGAAUGCAAUCAUUCCAUGACGCCCACUAUGGAGAAAUCGCGCGAAGUAUGGGUGUUUCACCUGAAAACAUUGAGUCCAUCGCACCUUGCACGCCAUUACAAGAAGGCAUGAUUUCCAGGGUCAUGCAGAGUGGACUCGAUGACACGGUUUAUUUCUCCUGUUUCCUCUUUAAACUCAAUCCGAAUACCGAUAUUCAGCGACUGAAAAGUGCCUGGGGUGCCGUCCAGCGCUCAAUUUCUAUCCUGAGGACAUACUUCGUACCAACAGCUGAUGGUUUUGCUCAAGUUGUGCUGCGUAAGUACGACAGCGCAGUUAAUUUGAUCAGGUACGAGGUGAGAAACGGCGGCAUCCGCAAGUUGCAGGACUCCUCCUUCAAGGAUUGGGUCGGAACUGUCAGAUCUCUGUCUACAUCAUUGCCUUGGAAGGUCGAGUUGGGAAAGUCUGGAAACGGUGGUUUCAUGAUUCUCCGAAUCUUUCACGGGCUCUAUGAUGGAAACAGUCUUCCGAUACUGUUGAAGCAAGUCAAGCAACAAUAUGAGCACCCUGAGGAGGUCCACAACCCCAAAAUGCAAUUCUACGAGGCCUUGCCCUGCGGUCCGUUAUGUCAGCUGCCGGAUGAGAGGGAAUUCUGGCUGUCGCACCUGGCUCGCAUCCGGCCACAGAAACUACCGAUAACCUAUGCAGAGCACGAGACAGAUACUCAUUGUGUCGUCUUGAGGGACCAUCUAAGCAUCGACCAUCUGCAAACCUUGUGCAAUGAACUGAACGUCACAGUCUCAGCUUAUUUCCAGGCCACGCUACUCUAUGUGAUGGCAAAGGAAUUCAACUUCAGUCCCACAAUAGGUGUGGUGGUGUCAGGCAGAGCCACCGCCAGAGAAGAAAUAGAGGAUGUCAUCGGCCCGAUGUUCAACACCAUUCCAUGUGCCAUCAAUUCCCUCAAAGACGGAGCGGCGGUCUCCGAUCUCGUCCAAGCAUGUCACCAAUUCAAUGUUGAUAUCAUCCCUUAUCAACACACGCCUCUGAGGAAGAUCGUUCAAUACCUGGGACUGAAUGCAAGCCAGGCUCUGUUUGACACGUUGUUUGUUUUCCAGAAGGCAUCAUUGGAUCUUGAUGCCAGCACACUCUGGCGAGAAGUUCCGACAGACAGCUCGCCCGAUUAUCCUCUGAACAUUGAGGUAGAGCAGAAAGGCACUGAAUUCCACGUCACGCUGAUCGCAAAGUCACAAUAUCUGAGCACAGAAAGGGCGAGCCACUUGCUGAACAUGUACAUUGAUGUGGUUCGCAGACCAGAAAAGAUGGGUGUAAUCCUGCCCACCGAUUUUUGCCUGCUACGAGACCCCGGAACUCUGAAUGGAGAGCCCAAAACGGACCUCUCAGCCUCUGACGGUGUCUGUGAAGAGGACCAUGACAUCGCUUUGAGCCCUACAGAGACAAUCAUUCGAUCUGAAAUUGCCAAGCUCGCGUCCGUGGAAGAAAACAGGAUACAUCGGCACAGGCCCACGAUCUUCGAAUUAGGUUUGGACAGCAUAGAAGCAAUGAAGCUCGCAGCUCGGGUUAAGAACAGUGGCUUGAGAGUCACCGUGAGCGCAAUCAUGAGAUCGCCCACCGUUGCGGGGAUUGCUGUGGCAGCCACUUCAAGCACAGAGACCCGAGCAAGAACCACAAAUGGGGAGCGGGUGCCUUCCAUUGGGGAGCGGCAGAUAAGCUAUCGACAUAUGCUGCAAGGCCAUGGGAUCAACCUGGAAAGCGUGGAGGCAAUCUUCCCAGUCACACCGAUGCAGGAAGGUCUGCUCCUGGAAUCGGACAAGUAUCUGAACGUCAUGACUUUCAAAUUAAACGCCAACAUUGAUAUAAAGAGGCUCGUCGGAGCGUGGGAAAAGGUCUCCCAGACAGAGCCAAUCUUGAGGACUCACUUCGCGGUUAUCGACUCCUCAGACGUGAACACGGCUUUUGUGCAAUAUGUGGUGAAAGAAGGAGUUGAGGUGACGAUCUUCGACGACAAGAAAUUGAAUGAAGUUAUCAGAAGUCUCAAGAAUGUCCCCAGCGAGCCAACUUUGGCAGACCAACAGACCAGCAUUGCCCUCGUGCGCGAGAAAACCGCGUCUUUCCUUGUGCUCGCCAUGCCACAUGCAUUGUACGACGCCUGGUCAUUGCACCUGCUGCGCCAGGAAGUCACUAUGGCCUACCAGUUUCCGAACAGCAAAAUCCAAGGGGCGGUGCUCCGUCAGUAUCAAGAACACCUCGAGGAGAUAAUCAGUGAAGCAGAGAGCGCAGAGGCUCGUAAGUUCUGGGAGUCUCGAUUGCUGCAUAUGCAACCCACCAUUUUCCAAGCGCCCAUCGAUGAUCACAGGUACUCCGGCUCCUCGGUCUUGCUUCACAACCAGUCGAAAACCAGCCUAACCAGUGCCCUCAAGUUCUGUAGACAGCAAGGAGUGACGCUUCAGACGGUCGGGCUAACAUGCUGGACAAUUGCACUUAUUCACUACACCUGUCAGUUAGAUGUAUGCUUCGGGCUUGUUCUUUCCGGUCGCACCACCGAAGGCUCGGAUCGACUGAUCUUCCCAACUUUCAACACCGUCGCCUUCAGACCUCUAAUUGAAGCCAACAUGACAAAAUCGCAAGCCCUGCAGAGAGUGCACGAUACAGUUGUACGAGUCUCGGAAUAUCAGCACUUCCCAUUGAGUGAGGCUCUUCGUAUCGCACGAAAACAGGGGGCGAAUGACGAACUGUUCAACACGUUGUUCACAUUCCAAAAGCUCCCAACCGCUGAAGGUGAUCUCCCAGCGUUGUGGGAGGAAAUGCCGUCAGACGGAACAUCCAUCACGCCGCCAUAUCCUGUCAAUGUGGAAUUGGAAGGCGAUGCAAGUGGUCUGAUCUGGACUAUUGCAUUUCAACAAGGAGUGGCCGACGAAGCAUUUGGACAGACACUCCUGAGCAAUCUGGAUACCAUUCUGGCAGCUCUGAUGAACAAUCCUGACCAGAUUCUUUUGCGGGAAGAAGGCGGAAAGACGUCGAUUUGCAGUCUGCCAGCCGUGGACUUACUCAGUAGCAGGCGCGACAGGCUAAAGACGGACUCUCAGCCUGACGACGAUCUACUGCAAUCCCAAGGCCAAGAAAAUUGGACUCCUACCGAGACUAUCAUCAGGGACGUCCUUGCGAAAGUCUCCAACUUGGAAAAAGAGCAAGUCAAAAAGAAUAUCGGUCUGUUCCACCUUGGGCUGGAUAGCGUCAGCGCUAUCAAAGUGGCUAGUCUGCUGAGAAAAGAGGGCGUGCAGCUUCCAGUAAGCCAGAUCAUCAGAGCACAGACGGUUGUGAAGAUGGCAGUAGCCGCUGAACAGCUCAAAGCUACCAUGAAGGAGGAUUCCCGUGUGCUAAAUGGGCCGACAGCCGACCUGUCGAUUCCUGAAGCCGUGAAGAAGAGCAUCAGGAUACCAGAGGGCGACCUCGAAAUGAUCUUACCAUGUACCGCUGGUCAGACGUACAUGCUUGAUAUGUGGAGUGCAAGCAAUGGCCACUUGUUCUUUCCCCUUUUCUGGCUCAAAGUAUCCGGCGUCUCGUUGGAGUGUUUAAAGCGGGCAUUGAAGAAGCUUGUCCAAGAAAUCCCAUUGCUGAGGACCUUCUUCAUUCAUAACAGUGACGGCGCGAUGCCAGAAACAUUUCAGGUUGUGGUCCAAAAUGAGGCAGCGGACAAGUACGACUUCCCCUGGGCGAUGCGCUUUGACACCACGGGAAAUGAAUUGCUCGUCGCCCUCCGCAUUCACCACGCGCUUUAUGAUGCAGUGGGUUUCCAGCUGUUCAUAACACGGCUCGAGAGAUUAUGUGCCGGUACCAGCUCCCAGACCCAGCUCCACACAGAUAUGAGCACUCUUAUCUCCAGCAAUCGAGCAGCUCGUCCAGCAGCUGAAGAAUUCUGGUCACAUUAUCUUGGUCAAGAUCAAGGUGCAUUGCGACUUUUGAGUCGAGGCUCAUUCGCAGCACGACGGGUGGAGAAAUUCCUUCCGAAGCUUUUGCCAGUUGACCGGCUGAGCAACCGGCUGAAGUAUCAUGGACUUAGCAUUCAAGCGCUCUUCUUCGCCGCAUAUGCCAGAAUUUACCGGGCUAUCCGUCGUGAGCUAGGUGAAGGGCAACAAGAGACCAACCCUGGACGGGAGGAUGUUGUGAUUGGGAUCUAUCUCGCCAACCGAUCACUUGAUAUCGACGGGAUUAUGGAACUGAUGGCUCCGACGUUCAGCAUUGUUCCGCUCAGAGUUCGCUCUGGUCAGGAGAGCCUUCUUCAGUCAGCUCUGCAAAUCCAGUAUGAUCUGGGUGAAGUCACCAAGCCAGAGAACUGUGGAGUCAGUAUGAGGGACAUUUAUGCCUGGAGCGGCGUCAAAGUCGACACCUUUGUCAAUUUCUUGUCUCUCCCAGACAACGCGGAGGAGGCACUGCCAUCGGGAGAUCCAUCCAGCGAAAUACGAGUCACUCAUGCAGAAAUGACGCCUGAGCAGAAGGAUAGGGCCCAGGGGCUUGAUGCGCCGUCGCCUUUCAUCAACAGCAUGGAAGUCGACGCAGAUACCACGAGGUGGUGCAUGCCUGCCAUUGACAUCGAAGCCAAAGUCGAAGACGGCUACCUAGACAUGGGCGUCUUCGCCCCAGAGGACAUGCUUUCGGAGGACGAGGUCACUGGGAUGAUGGACGGCAUGAGAAACUUGAUGCUGGAUUUCUCGUAGCCGCUGUCGUUUGCGAGUGGAUGGAGGGACACUCUGGCUUGGCCCAAGGCUUGGAUUGUCGCAGUAUUAUCUAGAGAAGUGUUUUCUUUUGGUCUUACUAUCUCCACUUCCAGGAUCUGCCCUGAUAUGUCCAAAAGAUAUCAGAGGACGUGAGUGAAGAUAGCAUUAAUAGCAUAAGUGCCCACCACCCAC